AUGAAGCUCUUGCAUAUGUAUUAUUUACGAUUACUAAGGAGUAAGAAACAAAACCCUUUGUCAACCUCGUCCUUUGUUGCACCAACCAAACACCAAACCGUCAAUUUCGAUCUUAACAAUGUCAUUGCCUCGAACAAACUCAUCACCAACUAUGUUCGAUCUGGUGACACAGAUUCUGCUGUCCGUGUGUUCGAGAGUAUGAAAGUGAAGUCCACUGUUACCUGGAACUCUCUCCUUGCUGCCUUUGCCAAGAAACGUGGUAACUUCGAACAUGCUCGCAAACUGUUUGAGAAAAUUCCUGAACCAAAUAGUGUUUCUUAUAAUAUCAUGUUGGCAUGUCAUUUGAACAAUUUUGGCAUCCACAAUGCCCGUGGUUUCUUUGACAGCAUGCCUGAGAAGGAUACGGCGUCGUGGAACACCAUGAUUUCGGGUUAUACUCAGGUUGGACUAAUGGGCGAGGCACUCAAGUUGUUCUCUGCAAUGCCAGAGAAGAAUAGUGUCUCGUGGAGUGCAAUGGUGUCGGGAUAUGUGGCUUGUGGGGAUUUAGAUUCUGCUGUGGAGUGUUUUUAUGCUGCGCGGGUGAGGAGUGUGAUUACUUGGACUGCCAUGAUCACUGGGUACAUGAAGUUUGGGAGGGUUGAAUCAGCAGAAAGAUUGUUCCAGGAAAUGUAUUUCAAGACCUUGGUGACAUGGAAUGCUAUGAUUGCUGGAUAUGUUGAGAAUGGCAGGGCAGAGGAUGGGUUGAAGCUUUUCAAGACAUUGUUAGAAACUGGGGCUAAGCCUAAUUCUUUGAGCUUGACUAGUGUCUUGUUGGGUUGUAGUAAUUUGUCAGCAUUGCAGCUGGGUAAACAAGUUCAUCAAUUAGUUUGUAAAUCUCCGUUGAGUAGUGAUACGACGGCAGUAACAUCGUUGAUUAGCAUGUAUUCCAAGUGCGGGGAUCUAAAGGAUGCAUGGAAAUUAUUUGUUCAGAUUCCGCAUAAAGAUAUUGUAACCUGGAAUGCAAUGAUUUCUAGUUAUGCUCAGCAUGGAGCUGGUGAAAAAGCUCUUCAUUUGUUUGAUGAGAUGAAAGAAGAAGGCAUGAAGCCAGAUUGGAUUACUUUUGUUGCAGUAUUAUUAGCUUGUAACCAUGCAGGAUUGGUGGAUCUUGGGGUCCAAUACUUUAACGCAAUAGUAAGGGAUUAUGGAGUUGAAACUAAGCCAGCACACUACGCAUGCAUGGUCGACCUUCUUGGUCGAGCUGGUAGGUUAUCUGAGGCUGUAGACUUGAUAAAAAGUAUGCCUUUUAAGCCCCAUCCUGCCAUCUUUGGAACACUCUUAGGUGCUUGUAGGAUCCAUAAAAACUUACUCCUGGCUGAGUUUGCUGCCAAGAAUCUGCUUGAGCUUGAUCCAACUAGUGCAACUGGGUAUGUUCAAUUGGCUAAUGUCUAUGCAGCACAAAACAGAUGGGACCAUGUUGCUAGGAUCCGAAAAUCAAUGAAAGAAAAUAACGUAGUGAAGACACCUGGAUUUAGCUGGAUUGAAAUAAACUGUGUGGUACAUGAGUUUAGAUCAAGUGACAGAUUGCACCCUGAAUUGGCUUCUAUACACGAAAAACUAAAUGAAUUGGAGAAGAAAAUGAAGUUAGCCGGCUAUGUGCCAGAUCUUGAAUUUGCAUUGCAUGAUGUCGGAGAGGAGCUUAAAGAACAGCUUCUUUUAUGGCAUAGUGAGAAAUUGGCAAUUGCAUUUGGACUUCUAAAGGUACCUUCAGGGGUUCCAAUCCGGGUGUUCAAAAACUUGAGAGUUUGUGGAGAUUGUCACUCUGCAAUCAAGUACAUCUCAGCUAUAGAAGGAAGAGAAAUUAUUGUUAGGGAUACCUCUAGGUUUCAUCAUUUCAAGGAUGGGUUCUGCUCCUGCAGCGAUUACUGGUAAGCUUGCUAGUGUGCAGCCUGUUAUUGAAUUUAAGGGUAUGCUUUUAUUGCAAGAGCAAUGCUGUCAUGCUAUUCACCUUGAAGUUGAUUUGGUUCAGCUAUACACAGACAGGAAUACUAUGCUA